GAAUUUUUCUGGGGUCAAGGGUCACGGAAAUGUACAUGCUGUCGGCCGAAAUAAAAGAAAUUGAAAUUUCACAAACUACGUUAGUUUUUCUCCAGUACAGAUAGAUUAAAUUUAAAAAAAUGCCUGGAAACAUUAUAAAACGUAAAAUAAAGUACACGAAAGAAAAUUUGGAGGACGCUUUAAAAGCCAUUACUGAAAAAAAAAUGUCUCAUCGCGAAGCAGCAGAGCAUUAUGGAAUCCCCAAAUCUACUUUGACGGAUCGUAUAUCAGGAAAAAGGUCAUCGGAUAUGAUGCCUAAACGUGGCCCCCCCACUGCUUUAUCAUCCGAAGAGGAAGAGUCGCUGAAAACAUUUUUGAAGGACCAGGUUAAGCGUGGACUCGGAAUUGGCAAGAGAGACGUGUUUCAAAUGGUAAAAAACAUGCUGGAUUUGUCGGGAAAGCACGUGCGGUAUUUUACGAAUAAUCUCCCAAGUGACUCCUGGUGGUGCGGUUUCUUGUCGCGGAACCCGGACCUGAAAAUGAUGGCAACGAAAAAAUUGGAAGUGGUGCGAGCCAUGGCUUGUUCGGAAAAAAAGAUGGAAAAUGGAACCUCUGUUAGCCUCAAAACUGUGAAAAAAGAAAAGAAAUUGAAAACUAAAAAGUCAUCUGAGAUUUCACAAAAUUUCGAGAAUGAAGGAAAAAAGAAAAUGAAAAAGGCAAAAGAAACCAUAAAAGAGGGAAAUUCUGAACCAGUCAAGAAGAGAAAGAAAAUUGCUGAAAUAUCGUUGACUAAUGAUGGUGUUGUUCAGGAUUAUAUUGAAACUCCACCAGCUUCAGACGAAGAUGAAAAAAGUCAGGCGGAAAUUGAAGGGGACUUCGCUAAAUUCAGAAUAUCUGAUGAUACAAUUGAACUGUUGAAAGAAAAGAAGAUUUUAUAUCUUUUCCCAAUACAAAUCCAAACUUUUGAUUAUGUAUUCGAUGGAUUUGAUGUAGUGGCCCAAGCAAGAACUGGAACUGGUAAAACGAUGUCUUUUGCUUUACCAUUGGUUGAAAAAUUACAACGAAUUGGUGUUCGAAGAAACUCAGGAAGACCUCCAAAGAUUCUAGUCAUGGCUCCAACAAGAGAAUUAGCUUUACAAGUAUUCAAAGAUUUUGAUGCGAUAACAACGAAAUUAAAAUGUCUAUGCAUCUAUGGUGGAACACCGUAUUAUCCUCAAGAAAAAGCGAUGCGCGCCGGACUAGAUAUUGUCGUUGGUACACCUGGCAGAAUACUGGAUCAUGUUAAUAAAGGCAAUCUACAUCUGGAAGAAAUUGAUCAUGUAAUUCUAGAUGAAGUUGACCAAAUGCUUGAUAUGGGUUUUGCACCAAGUGUAGAAGAAAUAUUGCAAUAUGCUUACACUGAUGAUCGGGAGAAGCCACCGCAGACACUUCUAUUUUCUGCGACCUGUCCGCCAUGGGUCAAAAAGACUGCUGGUAAAUACAUGAGAACAAAAGAAACGAAGCAUGUUGAUCUCAUAGGAAAGGAUUCUAUGAAAACUGCCACUACUGUGCAACAUCUUGCCAUCAGAUGUCACUACACCCAGAGAGCCAAAUGCAUCGGUGAUGUAGUUCAAGUGUAUAGCGGUAGAUUCGGCCGUGCAAUUGUUUUUACCGAAACAAAGCGAGAUGCCAAUGAGCUUGCAUUAAACGAUUCUGUGAAAGUUGAAUCACAAGUAUUACAUGGAGAUAUCGAACAAAGACAAAGGGAAAUUACACUAAAGGCAUUCCGCGAUGGUUCUGUAAAAUGUUUAGUUGCUACAAAUGUUGCAGCAAGAGGACUUGAUAUUCCUGAAGUCGAUCUGGUUAUUCAAAUAAAUCCACCUAAGGAUAUAGAAUCAUACAUUCAUCGGUCAGGAAGAACUGGUAGAGCCGGUAGAUUGGGAACCUGUAUUUGCUUCUAUAAACCAAAUGAAGAAGAAUUACUCAGGAGAGUAGAAAGAACUGCCGGAAUCAAAUUUAAAAGAAUUGGUACGCCACAACCAAAGGAUAUAAUUCAAUCAUCAUAUGACGACACAUUAAAGUGCUUAGACGCAGUACCUGAAGAAAUUUGCUCCAAAUUUUUAGAACAAGCUGAAAAGGUUGCACAAAAGUAUACAGGAGGUGCAUUGGAAGCACUCUCUGCAGCCUUAGCUCACAUGUCUGGUGCAACAGAUUUGUCAUCAAGAUCGUUACUGAAUGCUCAAGAGGGUUUUACAACAUGGCACCUCAAGUCCUCUAUUGUAGCCAGAGGAUCUGGGUUCUUCUGGAAUGCCCUUGAAAGAUGUUUUGGUCAAGAUAAUAAACAAAAAAUGCUCGGAAUGAGAUUGACCCAAGAUAAAAUGGGCUGUGUGUUGGACAUUCCAAACAAUUUGACAGCGUUGAUCAAAGAAAGUUGGAGAAACACUGAUAAGAUAACGAUGGAACAAGCGGAAUCAUUACCCGAACUUAUUGAACAAGAUAGCAGGCGAUCUGGUGGAGGUGGCGGCGGAUUUGGUCGCGGCAGAGGUGGCUGGUCACGGGAUGGUGGAUUCCAAAAUAGAAGAAGCUUUGGUGGACAGGGACGUGGUGGUGGUUUUCGCGGCCGUGGUGGCGGUUUUCGUGGCCGUGGCGGUUCGAGUAGAGGAGGUGGUGGCAUGAAGCGUAGUUGGGGCGGGGACCGAAAAUAUAGAUAAUUUUUGUGAUCUAAAUUCUAAACUACUGUUGGCUACUGAUUUGUUUGGAAGUAUUUAGUUCUGUUUAACGUUAUCGUAUUUGGCAGAUGUUUGUCAUGCUUCUGAGGAAGGGAAUGAAUGUCGUUUCUUGUGUGUAUUUAAUAUUUGAUUUAAGUAAAACACCCCACACAAGCAUUCCAUUACUGAAGUUAUAAGGAUACGGCCAUAGCGUUUGUUCCAGUAACCCACCAACGCCAGUAUAUUCAUCUAACGUUGGACCCAAAUUAUGUAAUAUAACCAUCUGCCUAACUGAGUGUGAUUAUUCACAAGUACUGGAUGUUUGGAGCCUUUUUACUAAUGCUUCCAGGAUCAUUGAAUAUUUUCCAUACGUUCUAUAUUGCGUUUUACUGUCUUUGAUUCUAUUGAGUAAACUUGAAAAAGGUGGA